ACAGCCAUUUUGCCCACUUGUGAAAGAGCCACCUUUCCCACGAGUAGAAUCCUGAGGUGGGCGAGUUCCGGGCGAUUUUAAUCACUGGAGAUGUGGCUCACCAUGCCUACAGCUGGUAGCAAGAAGAAGGCUCCCACACCGCAGAUUUCUUGUUUAACAAGCGAAUCAUAUACACAGCUGGAUUUUUUACCGGACAAGCUUAGAACAAAACUGCUUCCGUUCCAAAAAGAUGGCAUCGUUUUUGCCCUCAGAAGAGAUGGCAGGUGUAUGGUGGCUGAUGAAAUGGGUCUAGGAAAGACAAUCCAGGCGAUUGCAAUUGCUUACUUCUACAAAGAGGAGUGGCCCCUGCUGAUAGUCGUCCCUUCAUCUCUAAGAUACCCUUGGAUAGAAGAACUAGAAAAAUGGAUCCCAGAGCUAGAGCCAGAGGAAAUCAAUGUCGUCAUGAACAAAACUGACAUUGGGAGAAUCCCGGGCAGCAGAGUGACAGUUCUGGGCUACGGUCUCUUAACCACAGAUGCAGAGACUUUGCUGGAUGCACUGAACACGCAGAACUUCAGGGUCGUGAUAGUGGAUGAGUCACACUACAUGAAGUCCAGAACUGCUGCCCGCAGCAAGAUUCUCCUGCCCAUGGUGCAGAAGGCCAGGAGAGCCAUUCUUCUUACAGGAACCCCAGCUCUGGGAAGGCCUGAGGAGCUUUUCAUGCAGAUUGAGGCUCUUUUCCCACAAAAAUUUGGAACUUGGAUUGAGUAUGCUAAAAGAUACUGCAAUGCACAUGUCAGAUACUUUGGCAAAAGGCGUCAGUGGGACUGUAGAGGGGCAUCAAACCUUAGUGAGCUUCACCAGCUCCUAAAUGACAUAAUGAUCAGAAGACUAAAGAGUGAAGUUUUAAGCCAGCUGCCCCCGAAAGUCAGACAGCGCAUUCCCUUUGACCUUCCCCCAGCAGCUGUCAAGGAACUGAAUGCCAGCUUUGAAGAAUGGCAGAAACUAAUGAGAGCUCCAAAUUCAGGUGCCAUGGAGACGGUUAUGGGGUUGAUAACACGCAUGUUCAAACAGACUGCAAUUGCCAAGGCAGGUGCAGUGAAGGACUAUAUUAAGAUGCUGCUUCAGAACGACUCCCUUAAAUUUCUGGUCUUUGCGCACCAUUUAAGUAUGCUCCAGGCUUGCACAGAAGCAGUCAUCGAAAGCAAGUCUCGUUACAUCAGGAUAGAUGGAAGUGUUCCAUCUUCAGAAAGAAUUCAUCUGGUUAAUCAAUUUCAGAAGGACCCCGAUACUCGUGUGGCUAUCCUGAGCAUUCAGGCUGCUGGCCAGGGUUUAACGUUUACUGCUGCGAGUCACGUUGUCUUUGCUGAGUUGUACUGGGACCCUGGACAUAUCAAACAAGCAGAAGACCGAGCUCACCGAAUCGGACAGUGCAGUUCUGUGAAUAUUCACUACCUUAUUGCAAAUGGUACUCUGGACAGCCUAAUGUGGGCAAUGCUGAAUCGAAAGGCUCAGGUCACAGGGAGCACACUGAAUGGCAGGAAGGAGAAACUCCAGGCUACGGAAGAUGACAAGGAGAAGUGGGGUUUUCUGCAGUUUGCUGAAGCAUGGACCCCAAGUGACAGUUUUGAAGAGCUCAAGGAUUCUGUGUUUACUCACUUUCAAAACUUAAGGCUCGGCUGUCUAGAAAAACAACCUGAAUAGACUCUAACCUUCAGAAGAUAAUACUGGAGAAAAUAUUUUUAUGACCUUGAAGGUGGGGAAGGAUAAAGAUUUGCCUCAGUACACAAGUAAUAAAGGAAAAGAUUGAAAUGCCGACUAUAAAAACAUGAAAAGCUUUUCACUGAGGGGGCUGAGUCAUAAAAUUCCAGCCAGCCUGAGCUACAUAGCAAAACUCUGUCACAAAAACAAAACCAACCAAGACUUAUCAAUAAAAUAAGGUAGACCAUACUGAUAUGUGUGAUUGGUGCUGUGUGGCGAGCAUAGCUGCUUUCCAAAUCUGUGACAAAUUCUCCAUGCUAGACAUUUUCGGAGCGUGUGACCAUCCUGUUCCCACAUCCCCCAGUGGUUCCAGCGUCCAUCAGUGACUUUUGCCUGAGUUGGUUCUGAAUGAUGGUUUUUCUAGUUCUAUCAUUAUAGCUCUGUGUAUUACCUGCAUUUUUAUAAAGAACCUUUAUUUGUGUGUGCAUGUAUACAUGUGUACAUGUGUGUGCAUGCAUGUCUGCCUCUGUGUGUGUGUGUGUGUGUGUGUGUGUGUGUGUGUGUGUGUGUGUGUGUGUGUGUGUGUGUUAAAAGGUGCCUACAUCUAUAGAUGCACAUGCAGGUGAAGGCCAGAAGAGAAUAUCAUGUGUUCUGCUCUAUCACACACACCCUUAUUCCAUUGCGACAGUCUUCUCACAGAAGCUUGAACUAGAUUGACAGCCAGCAAGCACCAAUGAGUCUCCUGUUUCCAUACUGCACAGUGCUGGGGGUACAGGCACAGGUUACUGAUCUGCACAUGGGUAUUUGACACUUGGACUGAGGUCAUUAUAUUAGUUACCCAACACUAACUCUAUCUUCUGAACCAUGUCUUCAGCCCCAUAAUUCUAGGAGGGCUUCCUUGCUUUCUGGGGAACAAAAUAUCCCAAAUCUAUAUUGAAAAUUAUUUGGCCCAGACCUGUUACUGGCUUUUCCUUUAAGGGGCUAGCUUCCUACUUUCUUUUUCUAUAAGAUACUAUCUGAAAAAUCAGUAUUAUUUUUACUCCUUUCAGAUAUCAUUACUACGGUGCUCCCUUUUUCAAUGUGAAAAGCUGCAUGCAAACAUAUAUAUAUUUACACAGAAAAGUGAAUAUGUACAUUGUAUAUGGCAAUCAAAGGACAAAUUGCAGGAGUCUCUUCUUUCCUUCUACCGUGUGGUUCUCAGUGGUCAAGCUCAGGUUGUCUGAGCAGGCAACAGAUACUUUUAGUCCCCAACCCCCAGCCGUUUGCCAGCCACAUUUUAUUUCUGUCUUUAUUCUGUUUUAUGCUUUUCUUUUGUUUUACACCAGCAUGGAGUAGAGUUGGUUUGUUUUGUUCUCUGUUCUGGGUUUCUGAAGAGAAAGACUAGGUGUAUCUAAGAGUGGAUCACUGCUGGGGUUUUUUGGUUGGUUGGUUGGUGUUUUGUUUUGUUUUGUUUUGUUUUGUUUUGUUUUGUUUUGUUUUGUUUUGUUUUGUUUUAGGCUACAUGGAUCUAUUAGGAACAUCUAGAAAGAUGGAGAAAGUAGAGACUUCUUUUUCAGGGUAGUUUAAAUCCAUGUGUCUUCCAGUCAGAGGGUUAAGCCCUUCCUGUGUCAUUCUCUUCCUUUGAAAACACUCUUCUGGAGUUCACGGUGUGAAGGAUCUUCAGUUGCAAUUCCUGCCAUGUGUUCAGCAUCUUUCUGGAGGCCAGCAUGCUGCCCUGGUGGUCAUUUGUAGAGCACAUUUAUUAGUUUAGUUAGGAAUGGAGCCAUGACAGGAGGCAGGAUGGCUUCUUGCAGAGGCCUUUUGAUCAGGGUCUAUUAACCCUGACGUCGGCCUCUGCUGGAGCAGCACUAGCUUUGAAGGGCACCAUUGUUUUUAUGAGUUUCACUGCAUUUUCUCUUCCACUCCUUCAGCUCUAAUAACUGACUUCCAAUGCUGGCAUCAAGGCCAGGAGAUUUGUCUCAAAGGAUCCUGUGUUUACCCAGAGGCAAAACCCUGAUAAAGGUCCCCAGCCUCUCAGAGAAAGCAGACACCGUCAGGAGCAUCUUGCAGUUCUGACUCCAGCACUUCUCGCCAGAGGCAACCUUUUUCUUUUGGUUUAUUAAACAGAGGAUAGGGACACAGUGACUGUUAGCUGUGUAAGCAAAGAGAAAUUUCUUCUAUCUGUCCAUGCAAAAGUAGCUUUCACCCCGAAGAAAUGCUUUAUAAUCAAGAUAAAUCUGGGUGGCUAUGGCCUGGCAGCAUGUAUUCAGGUCGAUCCAAAUAGCAAGUUCCAGUGUGGAAACAGUUCUAUGAAGUUUUAUGGUGAUGGAAGGAAAACAAGUCAUAAGUAAGUCAAGGCAUUUUGACACAGCAGUAGCACCAGGAGGGAGACAGCUUACAGCAGAGUUGGGAAAUAUCUGCUGUAGUUGUCAGGUGCUGUCUGCUGGCCAGAGCUGGAAGCUUAGCAUAUGUUUGCAGAUCCCAGAAAACUUCCCAUAAGAAGGCCAGGGAGCCAGACAUGGUAGUACAUACCUAUAAUCUGAGAACUCAGGAGGCAGAAGCAGAAAGGUCCCGCAAAUACAAGGCCAGCCUGGUCUGCAUUGCAAGUUCUAGGCUGUGUGGUAUCCAACAGAGUUGGGAGUGGGAUACGAAAGUUUACCCAAGAUGGGUUUUGGCUCCAAAUUUGCAACUUUUAUCUCCUCCACAGUCCAGGAAGUUCUAAUCAGUCAAUUAGCCCUUGUAGGCUCUUGAACAUAGGUGUGGCUUCAUUUCUGGGAUUCUCACUUAUGAUGAAAAUGUCUGUCAAGUAAGAUCCUAUCACCUGUUUAGAAAUGCGUACUUUUAAGUUCCUUAUCAUACCUACAGAGACUCAUUUGCCAUAAUUAAAGGACAAAUAGUCCUGAUAAAUUAGAUAUUUGUCCAUAGUAUUACUACAGUGACUUUUCUAAAUGCAAGAAUGCUAUAAGCUAUUCAAUAAAAUAGCUUUGCUAGCUCAUAAAAAUAUUUUAUCUUUCUGUGUUACUGCCUCUCUAAAAAAAGAGUAGAAAUAAUAAAGUCAUUCAUUACAAAGCCUGGGCUGCAGGACUAGAGAGGUGACUCAUGAUUAAGAGCACUGGCUGCUAUUGCAGAGACCUGAGUUCAGUUCCCAGCUCCCAGGAUGCAGCAGCUCACAACCAUAACUCCAAUAGCAGAAGGUCCACACCCUCUCUGGCCUCUGGGCACCAGACACGCUUUAGUACACAGACAUACACACAAGGCAAAACCCUCAUACACACAAAAUUAAAGCUAAUAACUUGAGUUUUAAAAACAAUAAUCAACCUGGCAGUAUGAUUUGAGUGCUAAACAUUAAGCUGUCAGGAUGGAUAUUGAUCUUUGGAGAUCCUGGUCUGUUGUGGUGAGACCAACAACCCUUAACCUGUAAGUCACGGGGGAGUUACAUUGUUGACAAAUGCUUUUAGAAAACAUGUUUGUUUGGGAAAUAGUAGUACCUUCUCCUCAGAUGCUUUGAGCCAUGGACCCAAGGAGAGCUCCAGGACUGUCACUGCCACAUCCCUAGAGGUGGGUGGGACUUGGGAGAAUGGAGCCCGGAAGUAAGUAAGGCAGAGUAAAGUCUCGUAUAAUAUCCAACUUUAUUCAAAGCAUCAGACAAUUUAUGAUCUGAGGAUUAAGAAAGGUCACCCAAGUAAAGUUCCUGUGAGUUCACGCUGAAUACAAUCAUAAGGACAAGCCACAUGUAGCAAAGACAUGUUUUUCCAUAGAGGCAUAGAUAGGAUAGUUAAAUAUUUACCAGAAUAACAUCAGCAAGCAAUAAUGAGUAAUCUGACAUAAACCCACUCCUGCACCUGGGAGGAGCAUGAAAAGACAUUCCAAGAACAAUUCUAUGUUUUGAAGAACCUGAGAUCAGGCCUUCAAAUUCUUGUUUCCUUGGAGUGUGCUCACAGCCCUCAGAAUUCUCACAUGACUGCAUUCCUGAACCAUGUCCCAACAGUGACCAACACUAAAAGUGGAUGUUCAUCAGAAAACUCAGCUCAACAAUAAAAUUCAGAAAACAAAACAGAAAUCGUUAGAGAAAUGGGUAUUGUGGCUCUUGCCUACAGUCUUAGCCCUCAAGGCAAGAGGGUCAAGAGUUGGACUUUUCUUUCUGCUAUAUAACAAGUUCAAGGCCAGCCCAAGGUACAUAAAGCUCUAUCUCAAAAAAAAAAAAAAAGAUCACUGGAAGCGUUUUGUUUUGUUUUGUUUUGUUUUGUUUUGUUUUGUUUUGUUUUUGAAACAGCCUCUUAUAUAUCCUAAGCUUCUGGGUCUCUGUAGCCAUGGAUGCCCUUGAACUCCUGGCCCUCCUCCCUUCGCCGGUGUUCCAUACCUGCUUCUGCCAGUAUCUUGCAGACCUGUGAACUUAAUAUAGUGUAUGUGUCUACAAAUCAGUAUCAUAUAAGAAACUAUGUCCCCUGACUAACUCUCCAUGUCCCAAACACCUGCCUGCCUGCUGCAUGUCCUGUCUGUACACAGUGCCAUCGCUGUGUCUCAUCUCCAAGUACUAAGGACAGUGUGUUUUGUGUUCAGCUGCAUGGUGUUUGAGUUCUUUUUCUUUAAGGUUUUGUUUGGCUUUGUUAGUGUGGGUGUGAAUGGGUAGGUGUGUGCUUGUGAGGCCAGAGGCAUAGGAACCUCUGGAGCUGGAGUUACAGGUGUUUGUGAACUGUGUGAUGUGGGUGCUAGGAACCAAUCUUGAAUCCUCUGUAAGAGUCCUUGCUCUCAACCCCCUAAGCCCUCUCCAGCUUCUCCGUCAAGUUCCUUACAUCCUCCUGGUACAGUGGUUUCCUGGACUCUGUGCAUGUUUUCUUUACUCACCUCAUCCAGUGUCCCACUCUCCGCUGUGUGACCACUCCUGUGCCAGCUCUUUCUCAGAGUAGAGUUGCAGUGGCAGGCAGAGCACAGGAGUCACCCUGCAGGUGUGCCCAUCACACUGUAAAGGAUUAGCCUUUGAAGGCAGAGGAAUCUACAAGUACUCGGAUACUUUUACAAAACAGGAAGCCAGAAAUGGUGGCCUCCACCCAUUGUCCCACCACAGUGGUGUCCCAGGAUAUAUGAUAUCCUCUCUCAACAAAGAAAAUAAAAAAUAAAACUCACACUUAGUUCCCUUGGGGUGGGAAGAUGACUCAGUGGAUAAGAGUACUUGUGCAAACACAAAGCCCAGAGUUUAGAUUCCCAGCCCCCACUUAAAGGGCUGGGCAUGGCCCCCAACACCUACAACCUCAGCACUGUGGGGAACUAACAUAGAAGGAUCACUGGGGCUUGCUAUCUACCAGUCCCUUCUGAAAAGUGGUCAAUUCUAAGUUUAGUGAGAAGCCUUAGCUCAAGGGAGAGAGCUCAAGUCAAGAGAGAAAUACAACAGGAUACAGCAGUGUCCUUCAGCCUUCCUGUAGAGUCAGGAGCAUCGCUCCUACCAUACACACACAUGCACAACUGCAACACAUAGAGCCAUAUACUCUUAUGUGUGUUUCCUUUACUACUAGUGUGCAUUUUCACAUGGGAACACCCAGUCCCUCUUUACCCACAUUAACAUGGUGAGGGAAAUGGAGCUAGUAACACCAUAAGUGUGUCUGAAGAUGUUGUAUUCUCAUGACUUCACCUUAGUUGGAUCCUGAGUUCCUUUGAGACCAUGGAGGGAAUAAAGACCCUUUCCCACAAAAUGCACGCAUGGUUCAAACAAGUGUAUACGGUCAGUCGCAGAGGCUUCCCAGACCCUUAGAGGCUGUCUGUGGCUUGCAAGGACAUAGAUCACUAACCCUUCUCUGUUCCCAACCAGCAUAUAUAAUUACCUCUAGGAUGUAUCACAGAGAUUUUCUGUCUUGUUUUUCUGCCAGUCAUAGCUGCUCCAUGUCAUAAAAGCCCUCAUCAGUAACUUCCUCCUCAGUUGCCCAGAGGCUCUAAUCAGAAAGUUCAACUGAUGCUAGGAAUCAGGUUUCUAACUGAGGGCUGGAAAGGAAAGCUCUGGUUGUCCAGCCCUUCCCGCUUCUGGCAGCCCUGCAGCCAGAUACUGUGUGUAAGUUUCAUUACCUCUGACAGACUUCCUCAUUAUCCAAAUCAGCCAUCCUUACAAAAUUAGCUAGAGUCCUCACUGAUCACGCACUAUUUGCAAGAAUUAUAUUCUUGGCAUAUCCUUUGGUUUGAGAAAUUAUUACAGUGAUUUAUUUCCAGCCACUUCCUCCUUCCUGGACUUGAUUUGCUGAAGUCUCAGUCUGUAAUACCCAGUGGCAAGUGGUUUCAGACCAGCACAUGCACUGGAGUCACCUCCUCACUACCACACACUACUGGUGACCUUUAGCAUAGCAGAGGCUGACUUCUAGUUCUGACUGCAGUCUCUCACCAUUGAGCACCCCUCUCCAUUCCCUCUAGCACAAAAUGAGAAUUUCUCAAAUGCUACUCUCCCAAUGUAAUAAAAAAAUAUCUUUUAGAAAAAAUAGCAUAAGUCAGGCUGGAGAGAUGGCUCAGCAGUUAAGAGCACUGACUGCUCCUCUGAAGGUCCUGAGUUCAAAUCCCAGCAACCACAUGGUGGCUCACAACCAUCCGUAAUGAAAUCUGACGCCCUCUUCUGGUGUGUCUGAAGAUAGCUACAGUGUACUUACAUAUAAUAAUAAAUAAAUUAAAAAAUAGCAUAAGUCAGUUGCUUACUUAAUGAGGACUGUUAUAUUCAAAAGACCUGAGAAUUCAUUGUGGGAAGAUCUCUUUAAGGGAUUUUGUUGGGAAGACUGCUUUCAUUUUAAGAAGUCUGGUACACUUUUUUUUUUUUUUUUUGAUGGUGAGCUGGGAAGGAAAGUCUAAUUAUUUGAAAUGUAGACUAGAGGCCUAGGGAUGAGUUUGUGAGAGAAUCAAUUGUGUGAGGACUAGAGCUUAGGUGUCCAGAAGCCACUAGUCUGGUAGGCACGGUUACCCAACUAUACUCCCAGCACAAAGGAGGCAGAGAUAUGGCUCAUUGGGACAGACUAGCCAACCCGACAAGCCAAAACAGUGAGCACUGGGUUUAGUAAGAGACCUUGCUUCCACUUAUAAGGGGGAAAGUGAUUGAUUGACAAAGCCACCCUACAUCUCAGGCUUCUACACAGGGGCACACAAAUAUGAUAAUGCAGUAAAACAAAGAGAUUCAGUCAAGAGAUUCUGAUAGGAUUAAACACAGUUGAAUGUAUGUGUUGGCUCACCAAUGUGCAUUUCAUAUCUAACUAUACUGACUGUGUUAGUCAGGGCUCGCUAACAACUUAUAGAGUGAGUCUUUAUCUGUAUAGGAAGGAGAUUUAUUAGAAUGAAUAAUAGGCUGUGGUCCAGCGAAUCCAACAACGGCCGACUGAAAGGAAAGUCCAAGAAUCCAGGAGUCGCUCAGUCCAUGAGGCCGGAUGUCUCACCUGCUCUUAGGUAUAUCCUGGACUCCUGAGAAGUAGGCUCCAAAGCUAGUGAAGGAAUGGACUUGCUAGAAGGGCAAGGGCAAGCAAGCAAAGAGCAAAGCUUCCUUCUGAGUUCUUACCUAGGCUUCCAGCAGAAGGCAAGGCCCACGUUAGAUCUGAGUUAGAGGUGUGUCUUCCCACGGCAAGGUCUGGAUUGAAGGCACGUCUUCUCCCUUCUCAAAAGAUCUGAAGUCAAGGCAGUAAUCUCUCCUACCUCAGAGAUCGAGAUUACAAGUGGUCUUCCUACUCCAAAUUAAGCAAAAAUCCCUCACAGGUAUGCCUUCCAGUUUGGGUUUUAGUUAAUUCCAGAUGUGGUCAAGUUGACAACCAAGAAUAGCCAUCCCACUGGCAAAUGCUUUAUUUGCUUAUCUAAGAAAAAGGCAGUUGGGGGCAAUCUCACUAAAUUGAAAACAAACAGAUGGAAGGAAAGACUUCAGUUAAUGUAAGACCUUUUAUCACUUUUGUUUGAUCUGCUCCCUGGUCUGCUCCCUGGUCACCACCACUGUGUCAUUUGAGGACACAACUAUACUAAACCAAGAAUCCUCUUUGGAGCUAUAAGGUCUUCAGCAGAACCAUUAUUGAUAGCUAUACUGUAAAGACUUCUUUGUGUAACUUCUUAAGUAUGAGCAGACACAUUAAAUAGUGUAAUUAGGGCUGGCAAGAUAGCUCAGUGGAUCAGGACCCCUGCUGCCAAGCCUCCUGAUCUGGGUUUAAACCCUGGGAAAGUGCACGGUAGAAGGCGAGAACCAAGCCCUGCACACCGCCAUCCGACCUCCCUCACACACACACACACACACAUGCACUGCAUGUGUGCACACUCUGAAGAAUAAUAAAUGGGAAGGAAAUCUUUUUAGCAAUAGCUUAAUUAAGGAAAUCUUUAUUUCCGGCCCUGUGUGUGAUUCUUCAGGGUUGUUGUGGUUGUUGUGGCCACCAGCAUUGUACAAAGCUGGAUUCUUUAUGCCAAGAAAGGGCCACCAAUACAGCAAACAGUGACCUGAAGGGAGCAGAAAAACACAAAGCAGAAGUGUCUUUAAUAGCCACAGAAAAACAAAAGAAAUUAUUAUGUCUAUGAAACAAACUAAGGAAAGAUCAGCAAAUGGACAGAAACUAAUAUUUUAUAAUGCCAAAAUUAAUAAUUUAACAAGGAAAGGAAAGAUAAAGAGGAAACCACCCAGAAAGGGGCAGGGGGCGGGGAGGGGGAGGCUCAGGAAGAAAAGAUAGAAAAAGCAAAAGUAGCCCAGGAAAACAGCCCAGAAUUGAAGAGCAUCAACCCUCGCACACACACAGCCGAGUUGAAACUGCACUGGGUUUAAUCGUGGAAGGCUAAGUCUUCCCCUGUUUACCAUGUGUGAGUUCGUCUGGCUUCUGCCUUCAUCCAUCCUUAAUGUUCUCCUGUCUUCAUUUCACCUUUUCUUCCCUUCUCAAUCUGCUCCAUGUGGCUGGACAUCCAUUCCUGCUGCCUUCUCCACCUGCAUGUGAGUGGUUCCUAGAUGUCCAGGCCAACUCUCUUCCAUUCAUACUCCACUCAUUUAUUUAUCCAUAUUCUCUCUCCUUCCUGUCCCUCCUCAAACUUACUGCAGCACCCACUGGGCCUCAUAUGUCUAAGCAUGCUAUUUCCUGCCCUCUUUUCUUUUGAUCUUCCAGCUAACCAGUUUAUCUCCUUGUAUUUCCUAUUUCAUAACUGAUGACAUCAGUCUUGUAUGUAAUAAGUCAGAAACUGAGAGUUCAGAGUGAGAAGUUAUGAUCACUCCAGGUCCCUCCCAGCACAUUUUUUUAAUUCCCACACGCAACCAGGAUGUUCUCUUAAAUCUUGGUGCUCAGCCCGGUGUGUCCUGAGUUCCAUGGCAGCCCUUCCAUCCCAUGCAUUUGGGGGUUCCCUUUGAGGUCUCCAGGGAUUGCACUCAGAUUGGGGACUUGCACAGUACACACUUUUACCUACUGAACCAUUUCACCAGCCUCCUCCCUGUUGCGCUUUAUGUGAAGGCAUAACCAAGGGCCACUGACUGCCUGAGGAGGAAAGGGCAAGGACUAGCAGAAGUAAUAAGUAAGCACUAAAACAGGUACUGAAGAAAAUCUUUCAGAAGCUCUGGCUAGGAGCUGCAGACUUGAGUACCGCAAAUGUGAGUGAAGGCACAACCCUGUGAAAAAGGACCAGGGAACAAGAGACCACUGUUAGAUGCUAAAUGCAAGCAACUACCAUGCUGGGGAGAUGCAAGCAACUACCAUGCUGGGGAGAUGGCUCACCCAAUGAAGACACUUGCCACCAAGCCUGAUGACACAGAUCUAGGGAGACCUAACUCCUACAAGUUGUCCUCUGACCUCCACACGUGUACUAUAGCACCCAAGUGUCCACACAGAUCCACAUCAUACUUAUGCAUAGUAAAUAAACAUUAUAUUUAAAAAUGCACAUGGCUGCCAAAUUAAAAAAUUCUGUACCUGAGAGGGAAGCUAAGCAGAGAAAAGCUUAAUAUUUUUUGAGGGAAAAGGAAAACAUGAGACUAAUUAGAUGCCAAGGAUAGACCCAACAUUAGACUAACAGAUCCCA